CCCCACCAGGGCACCACCACUCUCUGCAGCAACCAAACCGGGGCCGAUCACCGGCACAGCUAGCAUCCAUCCAUCCAUCCCACACAACACACCCACCCGAAGAACCAAACGCAUACGUGCCUGCCUACGUAGCGGCACGCUUCAGACAGAGAGCGCGCGGAGCAGGGGAGGGACUUACACGGGAGCCAGAAAACAGAGAGCCGGCGCGUCCAUCGACCAUCAUGCCGAGCGCGCCGGGGAGCGGCUCCUUCUCCGGGUCCGUGAAGCUCAAGUACGUGAAGCUGGGUUACCAGUACCUGGUGAACCACUUCCUGACGCUGCUGCUGGUGCCGGUGAUGGCGGCCACGGCGCUGGAGCUGGCCCGCCUCGGCCCCGGCGAGAUCCUCACGCUCUGGCGCUCCCUCGACCUGGACCUCGUCCACAUCCUCUGCUCCGCCUUCCUCGUCGUCUUCGUCGGCACCGUCUACGUCAUGUCCAGGCCCAGGCCCGUCUACCUCGUCGACUACUGCUGCUACAAGCCGUCCCCGAGCUUCCGGGUGCCCUUCACCACCUUCAUGGAGCACAUCAAGCUCAUCGCCAACAACGAGAAGAGCCUCCGGUUCCAGACCCGGAUCCUCGAGCGGUCGGGCCUCGGGGAAGAGACCUGCCUCCCGCCGGCCAACCACUACAUCCCGCCUAACCCCAGCAUGGAGGCUUCCCGGGCCGAGGCCCAGCUCGUCAUCUUCAACGCCAUCGACGACCUCGUCCGCCGUACCGGGCUCAAGCCCAAGGACAUCGACAUCCUCGUCGUCAACUGCAGCCUCUUCUCGCCGACCCCUUCCCUCUCCGCCAUGAUCAUCAACCGCUACAAGCUCCGCAGCAACAUCCGCAGCUUCAACCUCUCCGGCAUGGGCUGCAGCGCCGGCCUCAUCUCCCUCGACCUCGCACGCGACAUGCUCCAGGUGCACCCGAACUCGAACGCGCUGGUGAUCUCGACGGAGAUCAUCACGCCCAACUUCUACAAGGGGAGCCGGCGGGACAUGCUGCUGCCCAACUGCCUGUUCCGGAUGGGCGCCGCGGCGAUCCUGCUGUCGAACCGGCGGCGUGAGGCGAAGCGGGCAAAGUACAGGCUGCUGCACGUGGUGCGGACGCACAAGGGCGCGGACGACCGCGCGUACCGGUGCGUGUACGAGGAAGAGGACGACGAGGGGCACUCGGGGAUCUCGCUCUCCAAGGAGCUCAUGGCCAUCGCCGGGGAGGCGCUCAAGUCCAACAUCACCACCAUGGGCCCGCUCGUGCUGCCCAUGUCGGAGCAGCUGCUCUUCUUCUUCCGCCUCGUGGGCCGCAAGGUCAUCAACAAGCGCUGGAAGCCCUACAUCCCGGACUUCAAGCUCGCCUUCGAGCACUUCUGCAUCCACGCCGGGGGACGGGCCGUCAUCGACGAGCUGCAGAAGAACCUGGAGCUGUCGUCGCGGCACGUGGAGGCGUCCCGGAUGACGCUCCACCGGUUCGGCAACACCUCCAGCAGCUCGCUCUGGUACGAGCUGGCUUACAUCGAGGCCAAGGGCCGGAUGCGCCGGGGCGACCGCGUGUGGCAGAUCGGAUUCGGCAGCGGGUUCAAGUGCAACAGCGCCGUCUGGAAGUGCCUCCGCACCGUCAAGACGCCCACCGACGGGCCAUGGGACGACUGCAUCCACCGCUACCCCGUCGAAGUCCCGGAGGUCGUCAAGCUCUGAUCUUCUGAUCGAUCGUCCCGCAGAGCGUCGUUGCUUCACUCUGGAGCUUUGUGGCGGGGUGGAUCUUUUUCACUUCCUUUCUCAUCUUUCUCUGCUCUCUUUUUUUUUCUUCGCUAUUAAAAAAAACAAAACGGGGAUUAAAUCGAUCGAUACUCGUGGGAAGGACGCGACGUCACGGAAGGGAGGGAUCGAUCAUUCAUCAUAGGAGAGUUUAAAUUAGCUGCUGCCUAUAUCGAUCUCUGUAUCCCACGACGUUGACGUGGGCGUGGUUGUCAAAACUGUUCGUGUCACCGAUUUCCACGGGGAUUUGUAAUCCAUAUUGUAACCGGAGUGAAAGGGAUACACUGCUGUAGUAUACUACUACUAUGCAUGCAUGCUCCUUGAUAGGCACUGGGCUGGGCAAGCCUUCCCUGCUUGUCAAUUUAAUUCCUUUCAACUGUAAAGAUCUUCAAGACUUCUUCUUCUCCUCGCGCAUACAUGUAUAAUUUAUUUGUUUC